AGGAUUUUCCUGAGUUCAAGAUUUAAUAAAAGCAGAGUUUGCUGGGGAUUGUAGUUGAAUACCAGACGUUUUGAACGGGAUGCCGCUAAUUGCCGUGACUUAUCUGGUGGUACAAGCCAAAGUUCAACUUCGACUGAGUGCUGGCAUGCCCAUACACAUAAUCCGAAUAACGCCCUCUGUUGUAUUAAAUGCAUUACAUCAGGGUAUUCCCCUUGUACUUGUGGAGUCCAGGCAACCUUACAAGAUUCAUCAGAUGAAAGUUGCAUUACAUACAAAUGUACACCAUGUACGCUGCUCGCAACAUGGCAGCUCGCAACAGCGGCAGCACUUGACAGCAGAAAUGUAAUGAAUCCUGGCAGAAAUACUGCAGCAACAAGCAUAACAGCAACAGGCAGAGUUACCAGAAUCACAGCAGCAGCUUUAGCUGCUGCGCAUUCUAGUCGGAGUGGCAAGGCAGGUGGAUAUCCGAUGCCUGGAAAAGGGUCUUCAGCUACUGGGCCAGGCAUUAGCAGAGAUAUGCUAGAGCCACUGGCUCAACAGCCGUAGCCACUCGAGGAGUCACAGGAAACGUUGCCUCAACACUAACAACCAAGCCAUCCUCGUCUGUUUACCACUUCUACCACCAUCUCUGAAGCCUCUACAAUGGCUGAACCAGUAUGCUUCAUUCUUCUUGUGGACAAAGAAGUACAAGGCUCGGCAAGCGACUCGCUUUUAAAUCAGCGUCAUGCACUUUCUUCCAAGAGAAUUCUCAAAGGCUCCUUGCUUCAAGGUUACGAGGUGCCACCAGUUGGAGGCCAAAGUUACGGAGACGUAGUCAAAGGCAGUAACAGGGCAGAUACGAAACAAUUUGUAGUCAAACCGCUGAGUGGAGACAUGCAGUUUCAAUGCAGCAGCUGGGAAAUUGGCCGAAUCACAGUUCCAGAGAGGGAUCUUCUGCGGACUAUUGCCACAAACUCAGAUCGCUUUAAUAUUUACCAGGAUAUGAACCUCUUACCGUAUGCACUAGGCCUGAAGGAAGGGUCACUGGUGAAAGUGAGACAUAGAAACCACAGCACCUCACCAUAUGAGGAAGUUGCUGCCCUCGUUCAGUACAUCGGGCCAUUGUCUGAAACGGAAAUGGGAACACAAUUUGGUUUGGAACUGAUGGAUGAUGCUUACAGAGGCCAAGGAACGUCAGAUGGGGUCCUUGGAAAGUGCCGUUACUUCCAGACAGAUCCUGAUUGUGCCGUCUUUGUGCCAAUCAGCAAACUGGUCCCACCGUCCACGUCGCAGGGAGCCUCUUAUCUGUACAAGAACGUCUCAUUAUCAAAACAGGAGCUGCCCAAUCAGCCAUCAGAACUGACGAGUGUCGGGGAUAUUAAAAAGGGGACGACUGUAUACUUGCAAGUUGGUAAUGGCAUGAGAAGGGGAAGAGUUGUCUAUAUGAUUGUCCCGCAUAAGGAGACUGAGCCUCAUGCUGUCGUGGAAAUGCCCAAACAAGAUGGUGAUCGGAUGUGGAAUGGAAUGCACAAGGGGUAUCAUGUGUACACUCCUAGAAAUGGUGUAAUCACAACGUUUGUACCGGUCAGUGAUGUGACAACACAUGCCCCCGAAGCAUCCCAAGCACACAAGACAGAUACAAGCAGAGUUGCCAGAAGUACAACAGCAGCUUCAGCUGCUGCACCGUCCAGAAGUGAAUCAGCCACUGGGAAAGGGGCUGCUGGCACCAUCCCUGGAGCCUCUACACUGGCCGAACCAACAUGCUUCAUUCUUCUUGUGGACAAAGAAGUACAAGUCUCGGCAAGCGACUCGCUUUUAGAUUGGCGUCAUACACCUUUUUCCAAGAGAAUUCUCAAAGGCUCCUUGCUUCAAGGUCAUGAAGUGCAUGUUGGCAUGGUUGGAGGCCUGAGUUAUGGAGAUGUAGUCAAAGGCAGUAAGAGGGCAGAUGCGAAACGAUUUGUAGUCGAACCGCUCAGUGGGGACAUGCAGUUUCAAUGCAGCAGCUUGGAAAUCGGCCGAAUAACAGGUCUAGAGAGGGAUCUUCUGCGAGCUAUUUCUGUGAACUCAGAUCGCUUUAAUAUUUACCAGGAUAGUGACCUCUUACCGUAUGCACAAGGCCUGAAGGAAGGGUCGCUGGUGAAAGUGAGACAUAGAAACGACAGCGUCUCACCCUAUGAGGAAGUUGCUGCUCUCGUUCGGUACAUCGGACCGUUGUCUGAAACUAAAAUGGGAACACAAUUUGGUUUGGAACUGAUGGAUGAUGCUUACAGAGGCCAAGGAACGUCAGAUGGGAUCUAUGGAAAAUGUCGCUACUUCCAGACAGAUCCUGAUUGUGCCGUCUUUGUGCCAAUCAGCAAACUGGUCCCACCGUCCACGUCGCAGGGAGCCUCUUAUCUGUACGAGAACGUCCCGCGAUCAAAACAGGAGCUGCCCAAUCAGCCAUCAGAACUGACGAGUGUCGGGGAUAUUAAAAAGGGGACGACUGUAUAUUUGCAAGUUGGUAACAGCAUGAGAAGGGGAAGAGUUGUCUAUAUGAUUGUCCCGCAUAAGGAGACUGAGCCUUAUGCUACCGUGGAAAUGCCCAAACAAGAUGGUGAUCGGAUGUGGAAUGGAAUGCACAAGGGGUAUCAUGUGUACACUCCUAGAAAUGGUGUAAUCACAACGUUUGUACCGGUCAGUGAUGUGACAACACAUGCCCCCGAAGCAUCCCAAGCACACAAGACAGAUACAAGCAGAGUUGCCAGAAGUACAACAGCAGCUUCAGCUGCUGCACCGUCCAGAAGUGAAUCAGCCACUGGGAAAGGGGCUGCUGGCACCAUCCCUGGAGCCUCUACACUGGCCGAACCAACAUGCUUCAUUCUUCUUGUGGACAAAGAAGUACAAGUCUCGACAAAGAAUUCUCAAAGGCUCCUUGCUUCAAGGUCAUGA